CUUGUGAUCAUGGCGGAGUCUAUGGGUAUUUUUUCCUGUCUAACUCUUCUGUGCGUGUGUCUCUUGUUUCUUUCUCUCUCUCUCUCUCUCCUUAGGGCGCUUGGCUGGGGCUGCUCGCUCGGGUUCUGCCUGUUGUUGCGCGAAAUGGCGGCUGGCGUCUUGCAGGGGCAGCCGCAGCUGGGCAGGGUCGGGAGCUGCCGGGGGAGGCAAGGGAGAAAACGGGCGCCAUGAUCCCAGCGCCAGGGAGGACCUCGCGGCCAAGGCGUCCGCGAAGAGCUGGUGGAAAAGGAAAGGAGAACCAGGCCUGGGCUUCUUCCCAAACAGUGCUGAGGCUGUGCGGAGAGGAGCUGGGGGAAGAAGCGAGAGGGGAGCAACUCGUGUCUGCCUUUGUAACUGCGUCAGUACAAGAUGGCGCAGGGUGUCCCUGGAGAGGGAAGGGAGUUGCACGUCCGCCGAGGUCAUGUGACCGCGUUGCAUUCCUGUGGGGUUUGGCUGCGGACCAAGCUGGCUUAGGCGGCGGGCGGCUGCCCGGGACAGCCCGGGCUUCCCUCCCCUCCUCCCGCCACCACGCCGUCGGUCCCGCGCUGGUUCCCUUCCCCCAUCAGCCUUGUGCACGAGGGUGUAGCUGCUGCCGAGGAAGGUUCUCGCUUCUCUCCUUACUCUCCACCCACCUCCAGGGUGUAGCUGCUCUCGGGGGAAGCUUUCCAUUCCGCCCCCUCUCUGCGCAAGGCUUUACCCCCGCCAGUGAAAGUUCCCCCUGGCGCCUGCUGGCUCCGCCCGAGCGUGGGAGCCGGGGUGCGCUCACGGUGGUGCCCGCCCGGUGCGAGGGCACUCUGCUCCCGGUCAGGCUCCCGGGGUCACGGGAGUAGUUCCUACCGAACAGUCGGUUUAAGCGAUGUUUAAAUGACCUCAUUAAAGCCGCUGAGGAAA